AUGGAACAAUGUAUCACGAUUGCAAGUGCCUGUAAUUUGUAUUGGCGAAGACAUCAUCUGAGUGCUGAUUGUAUUGCUGUGGAACCAGAGGGUGGAUGGCAAGGUGCUCGUAAUAAUCAAUCGUUGAAAGCUCUGAAAUGGUUGAAAUGGGUGGAACAUACACUUCGAGAAGAAGAACGCGACAGUGGUUUACCCGCCAGAACGGAAGAUCGCGUGACACAUGCAGGGAGUCGCGGGGAACACGCGAUCGUGACAACCACGCGUGUGUGUUACGUGGACGGUUUCGACCCUGUGACCCAGACCGUGUACGAAUUUCAUGGCUGUGUAUGGCAUGGUUGUCCUCGCUGCCAUCCCAACCACAGAUUAGUUCCUAGAGUGCAUCUAGACCGUUCCAUGGAAGAAGUCUACGACGCGACCUGUGCCAAAACCGCUUUGUUACGCUCGAUGGGUUUUACUGUGGUGGAAAUGUGGGAAUGUUUUUGGGAUGACCUCUCCAAACACGACCCACGACUGAUACAGUUUCUUCACACCUUGGAAAUUGUAGAACCCCUAGAUCCGCGUCAUGCAUUUUACGGUGGAAGGACCGGCGCUACAUGUUUGUACCACAAGACCGACGAAGCCAAAGGAGAAAAAGUACAUUACAUCGAUGUCACUUCUGAAUAUCCGUGGGUGAACAAAUACGGAACUUAUCCCGUGGGACAUCCACAGAUUUUAACGAGUCCUCUGAUCACCGAUCUAUCAGAUUAUUAUGGCAUCGCCAAAGUGGAUAUUGUACCACCAGAAGAAUUGUUCAAUCCUGUCCUACCCUAUCGAAGUGGAGGAAAAUUGACUUUUCCGUUAUGCCGUACCUGUGUGGAACAACAACAAGCGAACCGAUGCUCGACCGCUAAUGGACCUGUACUCACACCGAUCAAGAACGCCUCAUCCACGGUACGUGGUGUACACCCGAAAUCAGUAAAGCAGUGCAAAAAGGGUACCGAAUUGUGA